AGACUAAAGACAUUGGGUGGGAGUGCCAGUGGGGAAAGGGGUCAUUUUCCCCAUUCGAUGCUACUCAGAGACCGAUAAAACACUUAAACUUAGAGUUGUGGUCAAGGGAAGGAGACUGCUUUUGUAUUUUAGAGGAAAAUAACUAGUGCGGAGUUUUAAUGGACUUUCAAGAACGUCAAGGGUCCGAAAAACUUCGUUCAGUUAACAUUACGACGGGUAAACAAAGGCGUUUUCUGCCUCUUUAACUUUUUUGCUGUCUUUUUAAUCUGCAACCAAUCUGCAAUCACUUUCAAGAGACGCAACAUGUUUUGUUGAAGGCUUUUAAUGAAAAGUUUUUAAAAUAAUAUUUAAUAACCGUUUCAUACAAACGAUGGAAACCAGACGUAUUGUUUAUUUGCUCGUUCUCCUGACGGCACACUUGGUCUCGAUAUGGGCUCAAGAGAAGAGUACUGAUCAGAGUCAACUUUCCUCGGGACUCAUAUCUCCAACCCUCAAAUCUGCUGUUGGGAAAGACAACUUAUUGAAACGCAAUGUGUCCAUGACUCGACGAACAAGAGUUCUGCCGCCAAUGUGCACAGGACCCACAGAAAUACGGGAUACUUUCAAGUAUAUUAACACAGUGGUUUCAUGCCUAGUGUUUGUGGUUGGGAUAAUCGGAAAUGCUACACUGCUCAGAAUCAUUUACAAAAAUAAAUGCAUGCGGAACGGUCCUAAUAUCCUCAUCACAAGUCUGGCGCUCGGGGACCUGCUGCAUAUCAUCAUAGACAUUCCCAUCAGCGUGUAUAAGCUUCUGGCUGAAGAUUGGCCAUUUGGUGUUGGACUUUGCAAACUAGUUCCCUUUAUACAGAAGGCAUCAGUUGGCAUCACAGUGCUGAGUUUGUGUACACUGAGUAUAGACAGGUAUCGAGCAGUAGCAUCAUGGAACCGCAUCAAAGGCAUCGGUGUACCCAAAUGGACAGCCAUUAAAAUUAUUGUGAUAUGGGUGCUGUCCAUCCUACUUGCGGCGCCAGAGGCCGUUGCCUUUGACAUGAUCACAAUGGACUACAAAGGAGAGCACCUUAGGGUCUGCUUGCUCCAUCCCAUGCAGAAAACCAAGUUCAUGCAGUUUUAUAAGUCAGCCAAAGACUGGUGGCUUUUUAGUUUCUACUUCUGCAUACCGCUGGCCUGUACUGCCAUAUUCUACACACUCAUGACCUGUGAAAUGCUCAGAAAGAAGAAUGGGCUACAAAUUGCACUGAAUGAUCAGUUGAAACAGCGGCGUGAGGUGGCUAAAACCGUGUUCUGUCUGGUGCUGGUCUUUUCGCUGUGUUGGCUUCCACUGCAUCUCAGUCGUAUUCUUAAGCUGACCAUUUAUGAUGAAAAGGACCCCAACCGCUGCGAGCUCUUGAGCUUCUUCCUUGUUCUUGAUUAUAUUGGGAUCAACAUGGCAUCAGUGAACUCAUGCAUCAACCCAAUCGCAUUGUACAUGGUUAGCAAGCGAUUCAAGAACUGCUUCAGGUCCUGUCUGUGUUGCUGGUGUGUGCCUCCUGACAUGUUAGCCAUGGAUGACAAGCAGUCCUGCAUGAAGCUGAGGGUGACGGAGCGAGGAUCUGAUCAAAGCAACAGUCGUGCCACAAACAAGUACACUUCAACUUAAAAAAAAAGUAUACUGCAUUUAAAAUGUAGUUAGUAUGCCAAAAAGUUUAAUUCUCCAAACGUUCAUAUCUGAGGAAUUGUGAUGAGACUAAAUGUGGCGUAACACUGCUUCAUUUCAUUACAAGAUUUUCAUUGAAUGUAAGCCUGCACUUUCAGAAGACCUCAGAAAAUCCCCAUAAUUGGCAUAUUUGACCAACGCUGGGUUUGUGAUUGUAUGGAUUGAUCUUGCAGCAUAUUUCUGCUAGCUUUAAAGUCAACAACCAAUAUUUGAUUGCUCUUUUAACACCAGAAAAUACUAUUUACUAUUAAUAACUUUAACACAAGAAAUAAGAGUUUAUAUCAUGAGGUGAUUUUUUUGUGGUUCAGUUAUGGCUGAACAUGAAUGAUUCAAUUGUAUCUUUUACGAUCGUGUAUUUGUCAAUGUUUGUCAAAGUUGUACAUGCUUUAAUGAUUUUGCCAAUGUUUUUUUGCAUUUAGAGGAUCAGGACUUUCUUGAGAACUGAGUUGCAUGAGAACAGAGGGCCUUUACACAAAAGGUAGUUUUAUGAUCAGUUCCAACAUGCCCCAAGGCCUCAAACGCAUCAAAGAUGACUUAAUCACGUGUGUGUUUGUAUGUGUGUGCAAUAUAAAUCUCGCCAUCUCUACACAUUGUCUCUGUUGUCCUUUCUGUCCUGUUCUUUCUGUAUUUCCUGGAAGCACACAUUAUUUUGUAUCUGUAAUGUAUGAAGCAUCUUUUUUGUGUUCUAUAUUAAACGCAUUUUACAAAAAUAUUUUUGUUACAUUUUUAAGGCAGUUCAAAACUGUUUCUUGAAUUAAUGUCUAUGUUUUUCAGGUAAAGACCUGUAAAAUACAAGCUAUUUUUAUGUCUCAACAGUUUGUGUGUUUACUCAUGACCUCAUGUUUCAGAUAGACUGAGCACUUUGUCAAUAGACCGUUCCUCUGGCAAGACCACUGUGACCAGUUUAAAAUCAAAUAUGAUAUCAGAAACAUAUCAAUGCAUCUAGAUCACAGUAUUUGCUUUAUUUUUAUCCUCUUUUAUGUCAAGGUCACAUGACUCAUAAGAGCAUGAUUAAAGGACAUCAUGUGAGAUGUUUUGAGGAAAGUGCUUUCUCUCAUGACCUGCUAAUGUCUCUCCCCCUUCUUUAAGUGGUCACCCUGCAUGGCAAAUUAAGCCAUGAAAGAGUCUCUCUGUGUCAUUUCCAGCGAGAUCCCUCGUUCUUUAGUAACUGUGAAAUCUACAACAACAGCACCUCUGACAGUCAGCACAUGAGGGGCUUCCCGCUUCUCGUUAUCCAUGUGAACAGUCCUUAUCGGUCAGGAUGCCCGCUGACCUUAGAAAGGCAAUAAAGUCACUCCCUGAGGUGUUUUGGCUUUGGAGAUGCAUGUUACAGAAGAAAGCAGACUGGUUUGUUGUUCAGGUGCUUGUGUCGUAACAAGGCUGGUACCCUCCUUUUUUUGCAAACACA